CGACCGCUACGUUGCUGCUUGGCAAAUUCUCUAAACAAAUGAGAAAACGGCGUCGUAUUUUUAAUACGCAUCCAUUCAUGUAUGAUCCUUGAAUUGAUAUAUAAUCUCAUCUCAUCGCCUCCGCUGUAGGGUGUGAUUUCUUUGUGAUUCAUUUUAACAUCGAUGGAUACGGGGCAACCUUGUUCGUCUAGUACCAACUUUAAAGCUGAAAGUGGUCUUAUUUUGAAGAACGAAGACCUUCUCUAUAUCAUAUUGUGUAAACUUCCCGCCCGGUCCUUUGCUUCAUCGGCGUGCGUUUGCAAAACUUGGCACAAAGUCUGCAAUCAGAUCCUCGCUCGCCCUAAAAUCUCCUCCGCUUUUUCCCUCCGCACAACCUCUCGGAUAGCUGUAAACGAGGUUGUUGGUAAGGUGCUAUCAGCGCCCAUUCGACCACAUUUUGCCAUUGCAACCGUUGGCAGCGGAUUUCACUUAAACCAGACCAUUAAAUGGUUAGCACGAAGUUUGGGAUCCCAAACUCCUAUUAUUGUGUCGCGUGCUGGUGGAAUAAUGGGCAGACACGCUGUUACUGAUCAGUUUCAAGAGGUGAAAUUUGCGGCUGUUGACUAUGAUGCUUGUAUACACGAAGGAAGCACAGGCAUUGUAUUGACAGUAGGCUUUGUUCCAGGACUAAAAGUUGAUGCUAUUCCGCUACUAAAACUAAAGAGGGGACCUGUGGCUAUGAUUGAUCAAUUUGUGAUGGAUAUUAGGAAUUACACAACCUCUUUCUCAAAGUGUGCAUCACCAGUUGGGAUUAUAAUGUUUGGAGAUGAAGAUUCUGACCUGGCACUUGUCAUGGAAAACUUGGAUUAUGCCAUGUCUAUGCAAACUGUUAUUGUGGGUGAUGAGAGAUGCCAGUUUGUUUAUAGAAGUGGGAAUCCAUUAAGAAAUUUUCGUGAAGAUGUAAAUGGUGCUGUUGCCCUUACUUUUGCAAGUGAUAAAGACAAACUUAAAGAUAUAGGGAAAAUUCAGUUCCAUCUUGCAUUGUCAAAAGGUGUUACAGCAAUAGGUCCAAGGCACAGGGUGGUUUCUGUUGGAGCUAAUAACUUAGAUCGUGUCACAUGGUUCACUGCCAGAAGAGAAGGAAAUCAACAGGUCCUUGAUGGUCAACAAAUUUUAGAUCAUAUAAAUGAUCAGUUGGGAAAUGAUGUUGAAUGGCCUGAAUUGUACAUCGGGGUUACAAAGCGAAGAAAGUGCUCCAUUGGGUCAGAAAAGCCAGGGCUGAUUACUUCCUUGGCAUUCCAUCGAGUUGCCGAUGGAGAUGAGCAGUACCUUUAUGCUGAGGGUCUUGGUAUCAGAAGUGGUGACUAUUUCCAGUUUUACCAUCCAGAUACAGCUACUGCAUUAGCUUCAUGUCAUAAUAUCAACACAAAGUUCAGAAAUCUCAAGGCAGAGUACAGUUCCAAAAGUUGCCUCCACAGAAGGGGUAUUACUGAUGGUGUUGGUAAGGAAGUACUAGGAGGCUUUAUUUUCUCCUGCUGUUGCCGUGGAGAUCCAUUCUUUGGAUGCGGUAAUGUUGAUAGUUACCCAUUCAUAGAAAACUUUCCUGAUGUUCCAGUGGCGGGAAUAUUUUGUGGUGGGGAAAUCGGACGUGGAUCUUUCAGUUUGAUGGGGCAAGAAAGUCAAGAAAGCCCAGCGCGUUCUGUUCAGCAUGUUUUUAGCACGGUUUAUUUAUUGAUGUCAUAUACACCAGUUUGUCGAGAGCAUUAGAUAUCACUUAAAGCUUUUAUGUCUAAAGAUUGGUGGAACCUAGUUGAAGAUGAGUAAACUGUUACUAGGAUUUGCUUAAAAUAAUAUGGAUUUGCAGCUUUUCUUGUAGCACAGAUGUUAUUUAGAUUGUGCAUUAUAGAAAAAUUAUGAUUUAGAGUGAA